AUGUCGCGGUUCCCCGAGUGUCUGACCGAGCUGGUGGCGGCCACGUUCCAGGAGUGGCGAUGGGUACGACGCCGAUUAUUGUGCUUGUUAAUGUUCUUCCUCUGGCUCUACACGCUGGUGGACCACUACGCGCCCAACGCGUCCAGGGAGUCGUGGAUCUUGCUUAUCGUCACGGCUUGCCUGAUGCAGAUCUCUGUGAGCGAGCGCUUCCACAAGGGUAUCCAGAUGAUCUGGAAUACGCCCCACAGGUGGCUCUACUUCCAGUUGUUCUUCCUCUUCGCGCUGCUCGUCUACAUGGUCUCGCUGCGGGCCCUCGGGCCCGAGCUCUGGGAGGGCAUCGCGGAGAGGCGGCCGCUGCUGGUGGGCUUGUGGAAGCUGCACUCCGUCGUCCACGACAGCUUCGUCGGGGUGCCGCUGCGGGUCCGUGGCCGCGCGGGCGGGACCGGGCUUCGCGAGCCCGCGUCGGCCACGGGGGGUGUCGCCGGCACUCGCGCCAGCAGCGGCGGCUCGGCGGCGUCGAGCCUGGUUCGUGCGGCAGGGAGCCUCCGGCAGCUCAGUCCAGCAGCGAGCACUCUGAGUUUGCGGCAGCUCAGUUCAGCGAGCCUCCUGCGGCUCGAUCAAGCAGGAAGUCCAGCAGGAAGUUCAAGGCAAAGCCGUCUGGAUCCAGCAGAUGGUCCUCUGCUACGACCGGCGAGCGCGGCCAGCCUCGGCGGCCAGGGCACCGCGGGCGCCGGGCUCGCGGGGCGCGGGGGCCGCCAGGACGUGGCGGCGGUUGCGGCGCCCGAGAGCCCCUUGCCCGAGCUGUGGCUGGACGGGGCCUCCGCGAGUUCCGCCUCGGGCUCUUCCGAGGAGGCGAUCGCGCAGCACUCGCCGCACGCGUUCGUGCAGGGCACCGAGGCGCUGGACAGGCAGAAGCUCAAUCAGCUGGAGCAGCACUUCUUCAUCAUGACUGAGGAGGAGCUGGCCAGCUGCAUGGGCUUGAGCGGUCAGUGCAUCGUUGCAAACGGCCCGCUAGAGAUCCUCAGCCUGUGGGUCGUCAGCGCCCAGGCGCUGUGCUUGCAGUUCGCAGUGCUUUACGGAAUGUGGAUGUGCGUCGCACCAGCCAGCCAUUGCGUCGACGACCCCGCUGGCUCAACCCACAACGUAGGCAUCAUUACGCCCAUCGCUGUUUAUCUGCAUUUUAUUAACGUCAUAGGCGACAUACCUUUCGCAGUGUCUAUCGCGGCGCAUUUCUUUCAUCUAAGACGUACCUGGCAGGAGGUUUUAUUGUCGGCGCCGAUCUUCUUGGUAGACGCGUUUAUUGUUCCGACGUCUACGGCUGUUAUAGGUGCAUUAUUCCUCUGCACGUCUUUAACAGUUAAGGACCUUUUGCUCAACUCUGUCGCUGUUGCGUUCGUGAACGGAGGGGCGUCGACAAUUGGAUUCUGGUCCUCAGCAUGA